AUGGGUGGUUUACUGGCUUUGAUCAGCAUUUGCGUGAGAAGUUCUUGGAUAUCUUCUAAGCUUUAUGAGGAACUUCAUCCAUAUCCUCAUUAUGAUAAUUUCACUAAAUGUGAAACGUCAUGUUUACUUACCGUAGUUGGGGUAAUGAGCAGUGUCAUCUCAGCAUGUAUUGGGAUCGUCAGAAUACGUUUCUGCAAUGUGAAAAACUCAAAGAGGUUUAGAGCAGCUCAGUUUGUAUGUUUAAUUGCUGGAUUCAUAAACCUUCUUAGUUCAGUGGCUGUUUGA